AGUGUAUAUUAUCUGAAACGGAUCGCAACUCUCCGCAUUGAAAAAAAGUAGUGAUAGUUGGGAAGGAACUUGUGAGCGGAAGAAAGGAGUAGAAGUAGAGAGAGAGAUGGCUUCGUUCACAAUUGCUUUUGGUCCGGCAUUAACUGGAAGAGUUUUUGCGGCGACGGCAUCAAAGAGCUCCGGUGGAAGCAGAGAGGAGAAAGGGCCGCUCGAUUGGAUCCUCGGAAAUCUAACGAAGGAAGACCAGUUUUAUGAGACUGACCCUAUCCUCAAGAAGGUUGAGGAGAAGAGUGAUGGAACAACGAGCCGCGGUAAUUCCGUUGUAGUUCCUCCAAAGAAGAAGAACGGUGUCUUUGGAGGCCUUUUCGCCAAGAACUGAAAGCCUAUUAAUUUUCCGAUUAGGCGACUUCACGCCUACCUUCUUCAGCCUUUGCUUAAUUUUAUAUGAUUCUGGAUUAAUGAUAAGUUAUGUUUCUUUCUUUCUCCUUCUGUAUCUAUGAAUUCUAUUUCUACCUGAAUUUAUUUUGGAUUUGAAAUGCCUUGAGUAGAAGAGGCGCACUUAUUAAAGACGAUUCCAUUGAAAAUUACUAGUAGCUGUAAAAUCUAGAAAUCCUUGCUA